AUGGAAAAGCAAUUAUUAGCUUUACUCACAGUGACUCUGUUGACAUCAGCAGCCUAUUUCAUGAAUGGCAAAGACGAAAGUCUUACACUUGAAGGACAAUUCUCAUCCUGGAAAUAAUUACAUGGAAAGAGAUACUCUGACUUUGAAGAAGUUCAUAGAUUCUCAGUGUUUGCCUAAAAUUUAGCUGUCGUUAUGGAACAUAACUCCAAAUUUGAACUUGGAUAAGAAACAUUCACAUUAGGAAUGAACUAAUAUGCUGAUCUUACCCCUGAAGAAUUCCAAGCCUCAUUCCUUACUCUUAAAACAAAAGUCUAAGACAGAAAGAAUGUCAAGAGUUAUUCCGGAUUAAGUUUCCCAGAUACAGUUGAUUGGAAGGAUGGUUUGACAGUCAAGAAUCAAGGUAGCUGUGGUUCAUGCUGGGCCUUCGCAGCUGCUGCCGCUAUUGAAGCUGGUUUCCAACACCACAAAAAGAAUAAGGUUAACAUUUCUGAAUAAGAAUUUGUUGAUUGCACCACAGAAAAACUCGGAUAUGAAAGUCAAGGAUGUAAUGGUGGUUGGAUGGAUGAUGCCUUCGAUUACACUGUUAACUAUGGUGUUACCACAGAAGAAGAAUAUCCAUACAAGGGAGUCGAUUAACCAUGCCCAUCAGGAUUCAAAAAAAAGCACUUCAUUUCAUCAUUUGUUGAUGUUGAACCAUUGAGCUCAGAUGCUCUUCAUGAGGCAAUUGCCAAGACUCCAGUCGCUGUUGCUAUCAAAGCCGACGGUAUCUUAUUCCAACUCUACAGCGGUGGUGUCUAUUCCAGAUCUUGCACAGCCAAGACUAUUGAUGACUUGAACCACGGUGUUUUGGCUGUUGGUUAUGCCAAAGAUUCUUAUACUAUCAAGAACUCUUGGGGAGCCAGUUGGGGAGAAAAGGGUUACAUGAGAUUAGGUCUUGUUGCCGCCAAAGAAGGACAAUGUGGUAUUCAUUGGGUUCCAUCAUAUCCAGUCCUUUGAGAUUAUUCAUAAUACAUAAUACACACUCAAAAUAUUUAGUUUAA